AUGUCCGACUAUCCAUACCGCCGAGAGCCCAAUGGCCACCCACCACGCGGUAGAGGCGGCUACCGCGGGAACAACUACCGCGGACGUGGAGAGAGAGGUGGGCGUGGUGGUUACAGAGACAAUCAAGGCUAUCGAGAGUCCAGCCAAGACGACUAUGUCGACGGAAGAUACCACGAGGCACACGACCGUGACUUCGAGCGACCUGAAUCUUUGAGCAGAAAGUCCUACUCGGCGUCAGAGAAUAUUGAUCCAUUUAGGAAAAGUUCCAAACCAGACUCUGAAGAGCUCCGAAGACACAGCUCAGGGCACAGACCAAGCCAGAGGGGUGAUAGAGACAGAGAGAAUCAUAGAGGCGAAAGGGAAAGUUACAGAGGUGAUAGGGAAAGUCACAGAGGUGAUAGAGAAAGUCACAGAGGUGAUAGAGAGAGUCACAGGGGUGGAUUCAGACCGCAAAAUCGUGGUGGUUACAGCGGAAACCAUGGCUCUUUUGACGAUUCCAGGAGCCAGCCGGAGCAGCCACACAAGGCGUAUAACCGACCGGCGUCCGAAACAGUGGAGCCAGCGGAGGACCACGUCCCUAAGGUGUACUCUCCGUGGGUGAAGAUAUUGAAGAUGGGUGUUCAGGCUGAGCAGUUCCAGAAGCGAGAGGCAGCGCUACAGGAGAACGAGUCCAGAUUGAUGGAGUUCGAGCUCAAGCGGUUCAAGACGGAACGCCAUCUCGAGACGUUGGCGGGGCAGGUGGCAAGGGAUGAGUUAAACGUUCAGCUCACGGACGAAAAUCUUGAUAAUAUUACGUUUAUGUGA